AGGAGAUGAGCGGCUGGCUGGUUCUGGACCUGGUCCCGGUGCAGCCGGGGGUCCAGACCCUGGUGCUGGACUCCCACCCGUCCCUGCUGAUCCACGCCAUUGACUGCAAGAUCGCGGGCCAGCAGGCCCCCCCCCUGUCCCUGACCUACCGCGUGGACCCCUUCACCGACUACGGCUCCUCGCUCAACAUCAGCCUGCCGGCCGCGGCCAGCACCCCGGGCCAGCUGGUCCACGUCACGGUGCGCUACACCACCACGGACGGGCCCGCGAUCUGGUGGCUGGACUCUGAGCUGACCUGUGGUCAGUCUCGUCCUCUCCUCUUCACUCAGGGACACUCGGUGUGUAACCGCUCCUUCUUCCCGUGUUUCGACACGCCGGCUGUCAAGAGCACGUACACCGCCACGGUCCGGGUCCCAGACGGGGUAACGGUUCUGAUGAGUGCGUCUCGGAGCUCCUUCUCCAAACUGGACCGGGUCUUCCAGUUCUCCAUGGAGUUCCCCGUCCCGUCCUACCUCGUGGCGCUGGUGGCCGGAGAGCUGCAGCACGUAGACGUGGGACCCCGGAGUAGAGUCUGGGCUGAGCCCUGUCUGCUGUCCUGUGCCGUGAAGAAACUCGGCGGCAGCGUGGAGCGCUGGCUCGGUGUUGCCGAGCAACUGUUCGGAGCAUACCUGUGGGGACGGUGUGACAUUGUGUUCCUGCCCCCCUCCUUCCCCAUCGUUGCCAUGGAGAACCCGUGCCUGACCUUCAUCAUCGCGUCCAUCCUGGAGAGCAGCGAGUUCCUGCUCAUCGAUGUCGUGCACGAGAUCGCGCACGGCUGGUUCGGCAACGCCGUCACCAACGCCAGCUGGGAGGAGAUGUGGCUGAGCGAGGGGCUCGCCACGUACGCCCAGCGCCGAAUCACCACCGAGGCCUACGGUGAGGCGUUCACCUGUCUGGAAACUGCCGUCCGAUUGGACGCCCUCCACAGACAGCUGCGUCUCCUUGGAGACAACAACCCUGUCAGCAAACUGCAGGUCAAAUUUGAGCCAGUUGUUGUUGUGUUGCAGGACUACAUCAGUGAGUUUAAGUUUCAGAGCGUGGUGGCUCAGGAUCUCAUCGACUACUUCCUGGGUUACUUCCCCGAGCUCAAAGACGCCGCGGUCUCCCAGAGAGAGGGUCUGGAGUUUGAGCGCUGGCUGAGUGGUUCUGGCCCCCCCCUGUUUGAGCCGGACCUGUCAGCGGGGGUCUCUCUGACCGGGCCGGUCCAGGACCUGUGUGAGCUGUGGCGGGCCGGGGCCCCCCCAGACCCCCAGACCCUCUCCACCUUCGACCUCUCGGCCUGGAGCACCUUCCAGAUCGUCCUGUUCCUGGACCGCAUGCUGGACCUGUCCCCUCUACCCCGAGAGGUGAUGUCCAGUCUGUCCUCCUGCUACUCGUCAGUGUUUGAUGGUCUGAAUGCUGAGGUUCAGAUCCGAUGGCUCCAGAUGGUCGUCAGGAACUCCUUCUCCCCCGAGCUGCCGCGCGUCAGAGCCUUCCUACACAAACACACGUCCAGGAUGUACACGGUGCCGCUGUACGACGACCUGGUUGCCGGGGUGAUGAAGUGCGUUGCCGUGGAGAUCUUCAGCCAGACUCAGCACCGCCUGCACCCGAACCUCCGACGGACGUUACAGCAGAUCCUGUUCCAGACGGGCAGCUCAGCAGCCAAUCAGAACGGCCCUGCUCUGCCUGUCCCCUCCUCGGCCAAUCAGAACAGUCCUGCUCUGCCUGUCCCCUCCUCGGCCAAUCAGAACAGCCUUGCUCUGUCUGUCUCCUCCCCAGCCAAUCAGAACGGCCCUGCUCUGUCUGUCCCGCCCUCCUCACCCUCCGCCUUCACGCAGCCCACCGCCACGGCAACCGCCUCCGCUGCUGCCGGGACGACCGGCACCAUCGCUCUGCGGGACGUCAACGUCUCGGCGUGACGGAAGAGGAAGCUGUUGCCGGGGGCAACGGCUCCAGCUGACUGCGAGCUAGGGACAGGACCCUCCCUCCACAGACGGCUCCUCUGAUUGGACGGCAGCCCCUACUCAGUGUUUAGUUUGGUUUUCUCUAGAGCUGGGUACCGACCACCUCGUCAUUCAAUCUCAGAGUCAGAGAACCAAUCAGCACGCAGCAUUGUCUGUCUGUCUGUCUGUCUGUCUGUCUGUCUGUCUGUCUGUCUGUCUGUGUGUGUAGGGGGGGGGACCCCACGGCCCAGCGAUGUGUAGUUUAAAUAUUUCAGGGAAGCCGUCCGGCUGCGUCUCUACGUAGCCACGGCGAUGACCUAACGCGGAGCCUUAAUCGUGUCUGUGAUUGGCUGUCUGACGUCACAUGGCGCAGAGUCCCAGCUGGGACAGAAAGAGAUUAUUAUAUAUUAGAGAUUAAUGUCACGAAGUCUGUUUUAUAAAAGGAUUCUUCAACACCCAGGUGUGUGUGUGUGUGUGUGUGUGUGUGUG